AUGGGCCUCAACAACCACUACCGCUCUGUUUCCACCAACGACGAAUCCUUCCCACUCUCCGAAAAGAGUCAAUCAAGAGCAGGCUGGGGCAAGCAAUCCUUCUGUCUCUCCGUCGCGACCGGCACACUUUUCAUUGCCAUCAUCGUCGCCAUCUUUUCCCUGAUAUCUUCUGUAUUUGUCUCCCACAACCCUACCUCCACAUCUGAUGCCCUCUCGGCCUCAACCACCAGCGCGGCCGCAGUUGUUGCCAGCACCACCCUGGCCAGCACCUCGGUUGCUGCAACACCAACCCCCCUCGUUGAUGAUGACUCGAUAAAAUCCACCGAGGGUUCCGAUGACUCGACCCCGCCACAAGAAGAAAUCCAGAACUGCGGAUAUACCCCCGACGAAGCAAGAGAACGAGGCUGCAUCUUUGACGUGAUGAUGCAACUCUGGACACCGGCAGCGUGUUUCGACGAAAGCCUUUCAAACCGCUUCCUCGAGGUUGGCAACUGGACCUGGUACGCUGACCCGUCUGCGAGCCGUAUCUAUACACUGGAGGAAAUGAGAAAGGGCGAACACGAUGCGGUCUAUGUCGCUCAAGACUACCAUGUGACCCACUGCAUCUAUGCUUGGGAGAAGCUGGUCCGAUCGAUGAGGAAUCAACAGCCGCUCAUCACCGAGUUGAUUUCUUAUGACCAUGUCAUCCACUGCAGGCACAAAACCCUUCAGAGAGCCGAUGGAGGCGGUUCCAUCCGCGGUGUCCGAGCACCUACUGGAUAUACUCAAUGCGCACCAUAUGACACCUGGAAAUUUCAUCUUCCUCCGAAUGAGCACUCCUCGACAGAGUGA